UCAAGACUCACCAACACUCCUCUGUCGCAGCGCUACGUCAUCAACGUUGGCGGUAUUUUGAAAAAGCAGCAGCGUCUGUUGUUGUGGUCCGAGAAGUGGAGAAAAACUGUGGAUUUUAUCAAUAUGGCUGAGGUGAAACCAGGCGGCCAGCUGUCAGAAGCUGCUCAGUCGGAGCUGCUGGACCUGUGUGAGGAUCAGUUUGCUCAGCUGGAAAAGCUUCAGAAUGAGAUUAUACUUUGUGAGCAAGAUUCCUGUGAGACUCCACCAGAACAGUCAGUAAACAGACUGAUGGCAACAGAAGCUGAACUGAAGCAGUGGCUGACAGUGGAGCCCAAAUUGCUCGCACAAAAUCCUGAAAUUUUAUUUCAAGCUGGAAAAGAGGAGAUGCUCAAGCUGUGCUCUCAACUUGAGAUGGUUGUUUCGUGUUAUGAAGCCAAGAGAGACAAACUGAGAGAAAAUAAAGAACUUGAACGGAAGUGGCUGGAGGAGAAGAAGGACGUGCUGAUCGCUGCCAGUGAUCAUGUUGAAAGACUACAAAUGGAAAAGGAGAAAUUAUCAGAGCUCAGUGUAUUACAGGACACAAAGGCAAAAAUCCAGAAGAUGAAAGUCUACCAGGAAAGGCUGAUGGAUUCGCUGGGUGACAUCCUGGAGAAGCAUGUUCCUCUCCCUCAAAAUGAAUCCGGUGCGAGCAAGAAGAAGAAGAACGUUGCACAUGAGAUACAUGAAGACCUGAUUUCACUCAAUGAAAUUCUGGAGGUGCUCAUGAACAAGGUCCUGAACACACCACACGACCCUUACGUGACGAUAGACGACACAUUCUGGCCUCCGUACGUAGAAAUGCUGCUCCGCUACGGGAUUGCAGUGAGGCAUCAGGAGAAUAACUUCAAGAUCCGCCUGGAAACCUUUUUCUAAGCCACUGGCGCAUUAGGCCUCUCAAGCGCUUAUCUACGAGUGUUUCUAAUUCGAGUCUGCUUGUGCAGUGCGGUCAAGCUGAUAUGAAGGCUAGCUAUGCUGGGAAAGCAACGGGGCAAGUGAUUAACGUGAUCUAUAUGUGUAUCACAGUUGCAAAAUGCAAUUUUUUUUAAAUGUGUUCAUUUAUGGCUCAAGUACUUUUUAGGUCAAGAUGUGUUUUGUACGUACAAAAUAAUUAUGUGUAGUUUAUAAAGUAGAAAACCUAUACAUUGCAAUCUUCACUAUGUGUUGCAUUGGAAUUUGGUUUAAUACUAGAUAGUUUUUAAAUUUUAUACACUGAGCAAAAAUAUAAACACAGCAUGCAAAUAAUCUUCUGACUUCUGUUUUGAGGUUAAAAAACUUUUAAUUUCUGUUGUUAUGAUUAGAGAAAUAUUACUUUUAACUAUUGGUGCAUAAAAGUAUUUUUAAGCUGUUCAGCUGGUGACAAAUUCUCACCUAUUAAGUUAAUCUACGUCCUGGUCAGGUGUGGCUUUUAAAGACAAUGGUCAGAUAGUGUGACCAGUACAUCGACAUACCUUUAACCAGUGGCUACAAAAGGCCUUGUUAAAAUGCAGCUUUAUUCAAAUGACAGCAUGCCACAGAUGACACGACAAAGAGGAGAGCAGACAGGGAGCUGGCAUAUCAGUAAACACAUACUUAAAUGUCCAGAAAUGCACCAUUUGUUGUCCAGAAAAAUAGUUUCGGACACUUUGGUAAAGAACAAUCAUGACCCCCAAAAUGUCCACCAAAAGUGGGACUACAUUCCAAAAGCCAGCAAUGACAGCCUCAUUAGCUUGACGUGUUUCAGGUCCGACUUGUGAUUUCUGGUCUAUAACAUUAAUUUCCAUCUGCCCAUUGUUAUUUUCCAUUUAUGUUUAUAGUGUGGACUUGGUUGUUUCAUCCAUCCAGUGGUAGAAAUGCUGUGUGUUGGAACAAAAACAAACAAACAACUAAUUCUCAUAUGUUAAAAGGAAUUGGAGAAUUUAGUUAUAUAUUACAUACUGAGUUUAUAUUUUUGUUCAGUGUACAUUGCUUUUUUUCACCAGAUUUGUUUUCAUCAGUUCUUAAAAUCUGCUGUUUUUCACCUCUUAAAAUGACUUUCAUUUUUCUCUUUUUACUUUCUUUAAUACCCAGUAAUGUACUGUAUAUAUGUAGAUUUUGCUCAUGUUUGUUUUUUAAUGUGUUUUAUUGUUCAUAUUCAAUAAACUUCCUAUAUGA